CACAUACAUACAGCAAGACAUUUCGACAUAACCAAGUACGUAAAUAAGUUGGCAGGUGAUUUUUCAAUCCAUCAGUUGAGAUUAUCUAGAAGAAUUCACACGUAUGGUAGUUAUCCGCAGGAAUUCGUGACUAUUAAUUCGGUAAUUAGUGCUGUGUUCACUGAGGAAAAUCCUGUGUUUGACACAAAGCCAUAAGAUGACGUGGAUCUUCUGGCUAUUUAUCGUCGGGCCAUUUGUUUGUGGUUCUGUCAGAGGACAGGGGCAGAGGGUCGCACCCGGUGUUCCUCCUCAGCAUUAUCAACAGCCACCGGCACAUCAAGUACCCCAACAGCAAGUGCAUCAUCAGCAAGUACCCCAGCAGCAUCACCAGCCGCAACAGUAUCAACAGCCACCAGUCCAUCAACAAGCGCCAGUCCAGCACCAACAGGUACCCCAACAACAGCAGGUUCCUCAUCAGCAACAGGUGCCUCAUCAGCAACAAGGUCAUCACGAUCAUGGCCACCACCCACCCCAGCAAUUACUCAACGCAGCAAAUAUUGCUCAAGAGAAAGAACACAUCGCUGAGCAUUUUGAUGUUCCCAUGGACACAGCUAAAAUGACAGAUCAGGAGUUGCAGUUUCAUUACUUCAAGAUGCACGACGCUGAUAAUAACAACAAACUCGAUGGCUGUGAAUUGAUAAAAUCCCUCAUCCAUUGGCAUGAACAAGGCAAUAAGGAUCCAGGGCAUGGAGGACACGAGGCAACAGCUGGAGACAAAUUGUUCAAAGACGAGGAGCUAGUCGCACUGAUUGAUCCUAUCCUUGGCAUGGAUGACACAAAUCACGAUGGAUUCAUUGACUACCCAGAAUUCAUUCAGGCGCAGAAGAAAGCAGCUGCAAAUAAUCGCCAGUAGAUCAAAUUUUGUUCACUCAAUCAAUCUACUAUGUUUUUAUGAGUUCUUUUGUCUCAUAUUUCAACUCGUUAUUCAUUAUUCGAACCCUUCGCAUAAUAGAUUACAAAUGAAUGAUGUAAAUUUUCAUGAAUUUUGUACAAAAUAUUUUGUUAAUAAAGGUGUAAAAAUUAUAUUCGUA